GUCCACACAAACACAAUCACACACACCGACGGCACACACACACACACACACACACACAUACACACACACACAGCGGAGCUCAGAGGAGGUUUGUUUACUACGGAGCAGCAGCAGCACAAAGAUGAAAUUGAUUUACGGCUCCGCCUCUUUUCUGCUCUACCUGCUGCUAUUGGCUGAGCUGCUCGUCCAUUCGUCAGGCCGUCCCGCCCACAUUUCCCCCCUCUGUGGCAUGUUUGGAUCAAUGAUCCCUCAGGUGGACAGACUGAUGAACUCAUCCAAACGGCUGCAUGACUUAACUAAAGAGGAGCUGGUGAACUUUGCUGCAGUCGAACACAGACUCCACAGUCUUCCUCACAUCCAACACACUGCCGCCUACUUCAGCUCAUUAAAGGUCAAUGAAUCGCUCUCCCAGCUCUUUUCUUACUCUCAGUCCUUCAAGCUGCACGUCGACUGGCUGAAAACUGCAAAAGAAAACAUGAGUUUGUCGGUUCAGUGGGCUGAGAGCAGCAGCAUCCACCUCCAGCAGCUGUCCAACCUCGUCAACACGUCGCUGCACCAGAUCGGUGCAGAUGUUCCUCAGUCGACGCCUCCAUCCCUCCCUGACGUCUCCACGGCCUUCGAUGCUCUGAAGUUCUCUGUGGAGCUCUCAGAGCGGCUGGAAGCCUUCUGUAACUGGUCAAAGAGAGUUUUACGGCAUCUCCAGAGACUCUCCCGCUGCCCCAGACAUUAAGAAGAACCUCCAGCAGCUCCUGAUGUCUUCCUACAAACCACUUCUGAUGUUUUUAACAAGCCAUGCUGCUGGUGAAGGAGGAUUAUCCAUGAAGGUCGAUGCAGACAUCCACAGUGUCCACGAGAUGCUUUUGAAUCAUUCUGAUGACCCUUUGAUUUGUUCUGUGGCGCUGCCUGUACGUCUAAAUCUUUGCUCUUUUUGUGAAACAUCUCAGUGAUGGACUGGAACAAACCUGGUUCCUCUGAAGCACCGUUACAUUUAUGGUCCUGAGUGAAAUAUCUCAACAACUGUUGGGUGGAUUCCCCUGAAACAUAGAAGAAAUUCUCCUCAGAAUGAACUGAAAUAACCCCAAUGAUCCUCUGAUGUUCCAUCCAGAACCAUUAUCAGUUUUAAUCAGUCCAACACCUGAGUUCAUCACCAAAUACCUGCAGAACCGGCAUUCAGUGGUGGCUAAGGUUUUGUGUUCAAAUCAGCCAGUGUUAGCAUGCUAACAUGCUAAUCUAGCACUCAUGUAGGGAUGUGCAGACUCUGAUCUGACACACAAAAGUUCAGCAGGAAACAAAUAAGAUGAAAAUUCAGGAGUUUCAGAGUUCCUGAUGCAUUAUGGGGGUUGAUCAAAAAGUUCUAAGACAGCGCCUUUAAAAAAAACAACAAAAAACAUACAUGCAAAGUAGUUUCUCUGUGCAGCGAGACUCUGCUCCCAGUGCUCCUGCAACAUUUGAAAAGCUCCUUUAAAGUCCAUCUAUGUAAACAUGUUGGGUUCAACCCUUCAACUGCAAUUCAUUUUGGGAAAAGGAAGAAGUCACAGGGAGUUAGAUUUGGUAACUGGGGCAUUUAACCCUCUUUUCGACCGGGGUGGAGCCCGUUCGGAGUUGGAGCCGGCGCCCGACUUGGCGCCGGUUUUUUGUGUUUCGACCACCGGAGCUGCGGCUCCGGGCUCCAAAAACUGGGGCCGUUUCGGGCACCAACUCGUUGCUGGGCCAGAGGUGGCCAGAGUUGAGAGCCAAGCACGUCACGGGCAGAGGGCGGGGUGACAUCUAAAAAUAUCUAAAAAGACAAACAUAGAUAUGAUCAUCAACUUAUUGCGCGUUUAACCGCUAAGUAAUCAAUGCAAGCGUAGUCGAAGCUCAGUAGCUAAGCUAACGCUAGCACGUUUACUGUUAAGUAUCCAAACGUCUUUGAUAAAUACCUUUCUUCUCAAACGUGAUCGCCGGGCAUUGGAACGGCGACGCCGAUGGGUAACCCCUAACAGAAGGUUUUGCUGUUCAGCGAUGGCGAGACACACUAGCAAAGCCAUGAACACCACUCCAAUGAAGUCCUCCAUUGUUGUUGUGUGGGUUUCCGUACGGCGUGAACGCUGUUGAACGGCUACGUACGCAGUGACGUACACACGUUUUGUGGUGGCGCAAUGACGCAGCUCCAACUUUGCUCCUUCUGAAUGGAAACACAAACCCGUUCUGGGGCAGCACGAGAUUUGAACCAAAAAAGCACUGGCUCUUAACUUUGAACCAACCUAGCACCUGGUGCUCUUUGGUCGAAAGGCCCUAUUAGAGAGCCACAAUGAGCUGCUGUGGUCAUAAUCCCAAACAUGCGCCCCCUAGUGGUCACAGAACAGCUCUAGACUUCUUGACCAACCCUUGCAUUAGGACACUUCAGUACUCCCUUUGUCGUCAUAUUAACACCUAAAAGCCAACCAGAAUGUACAUUUAUUCCAUGUGUUUGGGGGAAUGUUUUCCAUGUAGCCUUUUCUACUGUUAUCGACCUCUUAGACUGUUUACACUCAGUGCCUGCUCCGUGUUCAAUCUACUCACUGAGCUAAACCACGAGAAGACAUUGUGGAAUGAUUGAUAUUUUUUUAUUGCUGUUCUUUUUUUAUUUUUAACCUAUUUAGAAUGCUAUUUAUGAGCUUUUUAUGUUAUGUAUUUGACAGUGUUUAGUUUGAGAUGCAGGCAUCUCACUGUUUUCUAUGGGUUAUGUGUUAUUUAAUAAUAAUAAUAAGGUAUUGUCAUAGUGACUGUUACCGUACUAUUUAUACAUUUUGUACUUUUUUGUUUGUUUUUUAUGUUUGAGGUUAUUAAUAAAAUUUUACAGAAAAUGAAAUGUGAUUGUCUGUGGUGCAGCAGCACAUGCAAUCAUACAACGGUGCUCUUAGUAAAUUAAAGUUGCUCUUAAAGUACAAAAAUAAACAAAUACCAUCUCAAUUUGAAAAAAAGAUCCACUCUGAUUGUGUAACAUUUAUGAACUUUUAAAUGUUUACGGUGAAACAACAGAGAAGCUCAGAGAAUCACUCAUAAUCACAUCAGUUCAAAUUUUGAGUCAUUUUCAACAAGUUUUAUGUCAGCUUGGAUCUUUUCUCGUCAUUUUGGA